GCCGCGGGGGCAUGAUGCGCCGAGCGCGGAGCGCGGCGGCGGGCGGCGGCGCCGGCCCUUCCCCUGCGAGCCGCCGCGGUAGGAUGAAGCAGCAUGAGGAUGUGUGACAGAGGCGUCCAGAUGCUCGUCACCACGGUGGGAGCCUUCGCAGCCUUCAGCCUCAUGACCAUCGCCGUGGGCACCGACUACUGGCUCUACUCGCGCGGCGUGUGCAGGACUAAGGCCACGGGCGACAACGACACCAGCCGCAAGAACGAGGAGGUGAUGACCCACUCGGGGCUCUGGAGGACGUGCUGUCUGGAAGGAACCUUCCGCGGCGUGUGCAAGAAAAUCGACCACUUCCCCGAGGAUGCGGACUACGAGCAAGACACGGCCGAGUACCUGCUGCGCGCCGUGAGAGCCUCCAGCAUCUUCCCCAUCCUCAGCGUGGGCUUGCUGUUCUUCGGGGGCCUCUGCGUGGCCGCCAGCGAGUUUUACAAGAGCAAGCACAACGUCAUCCUCAGCGCCGGCAUCUUCUUCGUGUCCGCAGGUCUCAGCAACAUCAUCGGCAUCAUCGUCUACAUCUCGGCAAACGCCGGGGACCCGGGGCAAAGCGACUCCAAGAAGAGCUACUCCUACGGCUGGUCCUUCUACUUCGGCGCGCUGUCCUUCAUCAUUGCCGAGAUGGUGGGGGUCAUCGCCGUGCACAUGUACAUCGAGAAGCACCGCCAGAUCCGCGCCAAGUCCCACGCGGAGCUGCUGAAGAAGUCGGCCUUCACGCGCCUCCCCACCUACCGGUACCGCUUCCGCCGGCGGUCCAGCUCCCGCUCCACCGAGCCCCGGUCCCGGGACAUGUCGCCCGUGAGCAAGGCCUUCAGCACCAUCCCCUCCACCGACAUCUCCAUGUUCACCCUCUCCAGGGAUCCCUCCAAGGUCACCAUGGGGACGCUGCUCAACUCGGAGCGGGACCACAGUUUUUUACAGGUCCACAACUCCAUCCCCAAAGAGUUCAAGGAGUCUUUGCACAACAACCCGGCCAACAGACGAACCACGCCGGUCUGAGCCGGGCCCCGCGCCGGGCCGGGCUCCUGUACAGAGGUGUUUUGUCAGGCUGCAUGACAUGAUCCUCGUGACGGUGUAACCAGUGAAACCCCAUUUUUAAGGACAAACCCAGAUGGUCCCUGCGCCCCCACCCCGGGCCGGGCCGCUGCGUCCGCGGGCGAACUGCCGUUCCCGCGCCCUCUCCUGCGCCGGGGGGGCUGCGGCCCCCGGGGCUCCCUGGCCACGGUGCCCCCCAGACGGACGGGGGCUUCCGGCACCGCCCGGGACAGUGGCUGCCCCAAGCCACCAUCAUUAGUGUCGAUAAUAUCCGCAGUGUUGCCGUAGCUGUCUGUCCCAGUGGAAAUGCCGGCGAUAGCCCUGUCUGUGAGAAUCCUUGAUCCGGUAGUUACCGUUACGCGAAACGGCCUGGAAGUCCGGAGUAUGAAGCACCGAAGCGGCUGACGCGAUGAGUGCUCGUGUUACCCAACCAUCCCCUCCUUGUAACGGAUGGAGAGCUGGGGCUGGGUUUCUUUCUGGCGUUUUGUGCAUGCAUUAAAUAGCUUGGAAUUCAAUUUUGUCAUGUUGGGUUGGAAGAAACAUCCCUUUGCAAUUUUCUGUGGUCCUGAAAGGGCUCCUUUCUUUCUUCCUUUCUUUCUCACCUUCUUUCUUUCUUUCUUUUGGUGCAUUCAGACCAUGAAAGGACUCAGGAGCAGAAUUCCUCCAAUGACUGGUAGCGAUUAGCCAGUAUUUAAUUAACCUCUAAUGUUGCAAGAAAAUGAAAUAAUUCCCUAAAAUUAAUACACACAGUCACCAAUUACCGCCGGGGCACAAUUCGGGAGGCGACGUUUGACCUGGUGUUGCUUCAGGAGAAGCUGGGUUUGUGGCUGGGCCUCUGGCUAGACUCUGUGUGUGUGAUGCUCUAAUGAAAUACGACUGGGAGAUUAAUGAGAAAAACAACAAUAAAAAAGUCCAGUUUGGCA